GCCGGGACUGCCCCGGGCGCAGCGGGGACCUGGUCUCCGGCGGGCAGGUGGAGCUCCGUGUCCUUGAGUGGCCGCAGAGCAGCGGAGCUCGGCGACCAUGGCUUCCCGCCUGUGGCCCGUGUUCGGGUUUUUCAUCAAGGCUGGCUUGGCUGGUGGGUCCGUAUACCUGGUUUACGAUCAGGGGCUGCUGGGGCCAAGUUACCAGGGUCAGGCUGCCCUACUAAGGGCUCAGGAGGCAAUCCCAGUCGCCUUCAGCCGUUACACAGACUUAAUUUCGAAGCACAUGGGCGUCCGGUUGGAGCUGCCAUCCACUCCACAUUUCAACAUUAACCUUCGAGACAGCUGGAACUCAGGUAUCAACAGCUUGAUGGACUCACUGUCCGCUGCCCCCUCAACGAUCCAGGUGUACAGUCGAGAAGCCUGGAACUACCUGAAGGGCCAGAAAUGAAGCUCCGACUUUGGCUCAGGCACAUUGUCAUGGGUGGUAGUGAAGAGGGCUUGGGUUUCAGGAGCCUAAAGCUGUGGUGCCACGUUUGUUCUCCUGAGGGCAGCUUGUGACCAGGCCCUGCCCAAAUAAAGGACUUUAGAACGCG